AUGACAGAUCCGUCUCAGCCUUCCCAGGAUGGGGAGGACGAGCGCAGUUGGCAGGGCGACUUUGACCCGUUCUCAGAUCCCGAUGAGCGAAGAGUGCUCUUUGCUACUUUUGAUUCUUUCAGACAAUAUCGUCGGACGGCGCACAUGAACACCACUCAUCGUCGACGACAGGCUUUCUACUCUCUCCCUUCGGAGCACUGGCAGAUGCUCUCUGAGCCUCCAUUUUCUAUCUUGGACAACUUCAACGAGGUGGAUGAUGCCAUCGACACCAACGCCGAUAUCGCGGACAAGAUUCUAGACGUGGGCCUGGAGUCUUUCGGUCUCUCUGCAACCCCCAACAAAGAAGAUCCUACUCAAAAUUGGCACGGAACAGCCACCUCGUCCGACGUCAACAAGGCGCACUCGACCAUUCGUCAGUUCUAUCGGGAUUGGAGUGUCGAGGGACGAGUCGAGAGAGAAGUGUGCUACGACCCGGUGCUCCAAGACCUUCGCGCCGAGUUUCAGGCCCGACGGGAUGCUGGCGAAGAGAUUCGGGUCCUCGUUCCAGGCGCAGGGCUGGGCCGGUUGGUGUUUGACGUCUGUCUUGCAGGAUUCGCGGCCGAGGGCAACGAGAUCUCGUACCACCAGUUGUUGGCCAGCAGCUGGGUUCUCAACCACACCGAGGGCCCGCAGAGACACAUGCUCCACCCCUUUGCGUUACACUUUUCGAAUCUGAAAUCUCGUGCGCAACAGUUACGGAGCGUUCAGAUCCCCGAUGUGCAUCCGGGCACCGCCAUUGCAGAGGCGAUGCAAUCCAACCGGCCAGUUGGGUCAAUGUCGAUGUCGGCAGCUGACUUCGUGGUGUUGUACAUGCAGCCCAGCAACAGACAGGCCUUUGACGCAGUCGCGACGGUGUUUUUCAUCGACACGGCACCAAACCUGAUCCGCUACAUCGAAGCGAUUCACCAUUGUCUCAAGGAGGACGGCUUGUGGAUCAAUGUGGGACCGUUAUUAUGGCAUUUCGAGGACAGCCAUCCCCGCAGGGAGGCAGACGGGGACACCACGGGCAUUGGCGAACCGGGUAGUGUGGAGUUGACGGAGAACGAGGUGUUAAUGCUUGUUGAACGCAUGGGCUUCAAAAUUGAGGCGCGGUCUGACGAUCGGCGGCCGUGCGGCUACAUCCAGGACGGCGAUAGCAUGCUCCAGAACCUGUACCAGCCGUCGCAUUGGGUGGCGCGGAAAAUGAAGGCGCCUUAA